GUCCUCUUUACAGGCACUUUGCGGAUAAGUACCCCUGUACAGGUACAAAGAAGUUUAUCACCGAGACCCGGUUCAGUGGCACUAGGUUUACCGGGAAGGACAGUCUAUGGGGAUGUGCGUUUAAAUAUCCUCCUUCUUUGACAUCCGUCGUUUCUUUCCUUUGCAUCUUCGUUGAGUUUACACUGCUGUGCAUAUACUCCGGAAUAUACCAUACCACAACACAACAAAACAACAAACAAAAUGGCCCCCAUCUUCAAGUCCCUCUUCCUCCUCGGCACCCUCGCCGCCACCACCCUCGCCGCCCCCCUCCAAACAACCACCAACCAAAAGCGCGCCGCCAGCUCCUGCACCAAGGACGCCCCCUGCAACGGUCAAGUCACCUUCUACGACACCGCAACCUCCUCCUCCGCCCCGAGUAGCUGCGGCUUCACCAAUGACGGCGAGUCCGAGUCCGUCAUCGCGCUUCCGCACGGUAUCAUGACGGACGCGGACUGCGGGAAGGUCGCGACUGUCAAGUACGGUAGCACUAUCAAGACGGGCAAGGUGGUUGACAAGUGUAUGGGAUGCGAUGACACUUCGAUUGAUCUGUCGCGGCACUUCUUUACGGAGUUGGCGGCGUUGCUAGAAGGGAGACUUUUUGGGGUUGAGUGGUACAUGGAGUAAGCGUUGAUCGCUUUGGCUUUGGGUUAUAUUGGGU